AGCGAGCUUCCCCAGCUAGCCUGUAGGUGGGUGUGUUUAACAGAAGGAAGCAAUGGGAACCCGCCUGUCAGCCAGCCUUUCGAGCUAAUUAGCUCAGCAUACAACAAAGAUAAGUGAGCCUGGGAAGAGGGUCCCCUGAGGGGUCUUUAGAUUCUGGGAAAUGUCUGAUUGGCAGAUGUUAAAAGGGAUUCUUUGGUAAUCCAGUGCAUCAAUGAGCUGCACAAAUUCAGUCCAGGACUGCAGGAAUUCAGGCAUGAGGACACUCUGUGCAGGAGGCUCACACAGGCAGACCCAAGAUGGACAGAACCUUGGAAUCUCUGAGACACAUCAUCGCCCAAGUCUUGCCAAACAGAGACCCGGCUCUAGUCUUCAAAGACUUGAACGUUGUGUCGAUGUUACAGGAAUUUUGGGAGAGCAAGCAGCAGCAGAAGGCUGCGUUCCCAAGUGAAGGUGUGGUGGUCUAUGAGUCGCUGCCGGCACCGGGGCCUCCCUUUGUGAGUUACGUGACCCUCCCAGGGGGGAGCUGUUUUGGCAACUUUCAGUGUUGCUUAAGUAGAGCUGAGGCCAGACGGGAUGCGGCGAAAGUGGCCUUAAUCAACUCCCUCUUCAAUGAGCUGCCCUCUCGCAGGAUCACCAAGGAAUUCAUUAUGGAAAGCGUUCAGGAAGCAGUAGCCUCCACCAGCGUGAGUACCCACCAGGGAAGGGAGGAGGUGGCUGCACUGAGAAGACUGAGGCAUUUGAAUCUUGGGAGAUGUGUUUGGGUUUUGUAGGAGCUGAUGACCAUUUUCCAACUACUGCACUGGAAUGGAAGCCUAAAAGCCCUUCGUGAAACAAAGUGUUCCCGACAGGAAGUCAUCUCCUACUAUUCCCAGUAUUCCCUAGACGAAAAGAUGCGCAGUCACAUGGCCCUGGACUGGAUCAUGAAGGAGCGGGAGACACCAGGAAUUCUCUCUCAAGAGCUGCGAAUGGCCCUGAGGCAGUUGGAAGAAGCCAGGAAAGCAGGACAAGAACUCCGGUUUUACAAAGAAAAGAAAGAAAUCCUAAGCUUAGCCCUGACUCAGAUCUACAGUGACCCUGACACUUCCUCACCCAGUGAUGAUCAGCUGAGCCUCACAGCCCUGUGUGGCUACCACUAGCAAGGCCAGGUCCCGGGUACCCCCAGCAGUGGCAGAAGCUGGACAUUAGGGAACGCAGUGAAGGAGGUUCUCAGGGGCUUUAGCAUCUGUAGCUACCACCAAAGGCUGCACUAAUCCUCCCUACCCAUUCCAUUCACAGAAUGUGAGCUCAGUAGGAC